AUGCUGCCUUUCCACAUUCUGUGGUUGUCGCUUACGAAUGCCCUGGGCGUCAUGGGUGUCUUUCACAUUGCAUGGUUCAAGCUGAAGGAGGACGCGAAGCCGGAGAACGUCAAGGAAUGGCAAAGGCUCGCACAAGGCAUGGUAAGCACCGAAUCGUCUUUGGUGUCAUCAUAUGAGCAUGCAAUGCUGAUGAGUGAAUGUCCCUUACGAGCAGGUAUGCGAUAA